UCAGUUUUACUAGGGUAAGUUUGGAUGAAUGAAUGAAUAAUUGACUAUGGUCAAAUUACAAUACAAUAGAAGUACUAGCUAUCUAUAAUGUUACAUCAUGUUUAUACAGAAAAUCUGUCUACAAAAUAUAAUUUUUCAAUUUCUCAUUAUUUCCCCCUUCCAUACCAAUGCCUUUACCACAGUUGCCUUAUUGUACUGCCAGCGCCCCCUACAGGCUUCCUAACUCAGCGCUCACUGUCAAACCUUGCUGUCACCAUGCUAUUCUGUGGGAUCACAGCUCACCGCAUCAGCAAGACCAUCAUCUUUUACCUGAACGAGACGGCAUCAACUAAACCUUCACCUGGGCCUCCCAUUGGGCCUCCCCUUGGCCCUCUGUCUGCCCUGAACGAUGCAGCAUGUACCCCCACCAGCCCUUACCCCAGGCCCAACCAAGCCCCUGCUGCUAAUGCUUCCCUGGUUGGGGUCGCGACCCCAGGCUGUGGCCAAGUACUUUGAGAUCUACUUCCGUACAGGCUUUGACGUGCUCAUAGUGGAGAGCGAGGUAAGUCAGUUUCUGUGGCCUGGUUGGGGUCUAGACUAUGGAGCAAGGGUACUGGAUGUCCUACAGAGUGACCGCUUUGUGUCAUGCCCCUUACUCCUGCACGCCUUUUCCAUAGGAGGAUACACCUUCACCCAGUUGCUGGUACACAUAUCCCACGACACACAGAAGUACCACAGCUUCAUUAAGAGGAUCAAAGGCCACAUCUAUGACAGCCUAGUGCUGGGCUCACCGGAGAGGAUGGCUACCGGUGAGUCUUGGGGUCAGGGAUUAGAGGUUAAAGGUUAUAUACCGUCAGGUGUAACACAUGUAUGACAGCCUAGUACUGUCUAGUACAGCCUGGUUAGGCUCUAACCAAU